GAGGUGAAGAUGCAGCGGGCGGAACCUGCCUAAGCGAGCGGGAUUCGGGGGCGCUAAAGUCGCAGGGGCUAGGCGGGAAGGAAGAUCCGGAGCGGGGCGCAGGAUCCGGAGCUGGAGCCCCCAGAUCUUUCCCUCUGUGAAAAAACGAGCAGGUCUGGACAAGUGAGGCCGGCUCCAUGUAUCCAGAAUCAACCACGGGUUCCCCAGCUCGACUCUCUCUGCGUCAGACAGGCUCCCCCGGGAUGAUCUACAGUACUCGGUAUGGGAGUCCCAAAAGACAGCUCCAGUUUUACAGGAAUCUGGGUAAAUCUGGUCUUCGGGUCUCCUGUCUGGGGCUUGGAACAUGGGUGACCUUUGGAGGCCAGAUCACCGAUGAGAUGGCAGAGCAGCUGAUGACCUUGGCCUAUGACAACGGCAUCAACCUCUUCGAUACGGCAGAAGUCUAUGCUGCUGGCAAAGCCGAGGUGGUGCUAGGAAACAUCAUCAGGAAGAAGGGAUGGAGGCGGUCCAGCCUUGUCAUCACCACCAAGAUCUUCUGGGGGGGGAAAGCGGAGACAGAGAGAGGCCUUUCCAGAAAGCACAUAAUAGAAGGGCUGAAGGCUUCCUUGGAGCGGCUGCAGCUAGAAUAUGUGGAUGUGGUGUUUGCCAAUCGCCCGGACCCUAACACGCCCAUGGAAGGGGACCCAUUUAGUUCCUCCAAGUCAAGGACAUUCAUCAUUGAAGAGACCGUGCGGGCCAUGACCCACGUCAUCAACCAGGGGAUGGCCAUGUACUGGGGCACAUCACGCUGGAGCUCCAUGGAGAUCAUGGAAGCCUACUCUGUGGCCAGGCAGUUCAACCUGAUCCCGCCCAUCUGCGAGCAGGCGGAGUACCACAUGUUCCAGAGGGAGAAGGUGGAGGUCCAGCUGCCAGAGCUCUUCCACAAGAUAGGAGUGGGCGCUAUGACCUGGUCGCCCCUGGCCUGUGGCAUCGUCUCUGGAAAGUAUGACAGUGGCAUCCCACCUUACUCCAGGGCAUCCCUGAAGGGCUACCAGUGGCUGAAGGACAAAAUCCUCAGCGAGGAGGGCCGACGCCAGCAGGCCAAACUGAAGGAACUACAGGCCAUUGCCGAGCGCCUGGGCUGCACCCUCCCCCAGCUGGCCAUAGCCUGGUGCCUGAGGAAUGAGGGUGUCAGCUCCGUACUCCUGGGUGCUUCCAACGCAGAGCAGCUCAUGGAGAACAUUGGAGCAAUACAGGUCCUUCCAAAAUUGUCUUCUUCCAUCGUCCACGAGAUUGACAGCAUUCUGGGAAAUAAACCCUACAGCAAAAAGGACUAUAGAUCCUAGACUGCCCUCGCCAUCUGCUUGGACAGUUUCUGGUUCCCUUCUCGUCUCUGUUCGCUCGCUUAUGCUGUUCCAAAGCCAAGUGCAGAGUGUGGUUUACAUCCAAGGAGAAAAUACCAUGCCCAGACGUUAUUGGGAAAUGGUCUCCAAAGUCACCACCAGAUGCCACCCGCUGCUUCGCUGGAUGCUGUCAGAUUUGUGCCAGGAGAUGGCAUCAGUUAGGAAGGGCAUUCAAGGGUUUCCACCCAAGCCUACGGCCUCUGCUCAUCCUCUAAGAAGAAACCACAUGUGCUCCCAACCAAGGCCAGAGGUCAAGGCUGGGCUGAGACCUGGUUGGAUCCCUGGGGCAGGCAGGGCUGGCCUCUCCUUUGCUGAGAGAGAGUGCCCACCUGGGAAGAGGGUCUGGCACUUCCUGGGGCCCCUGCAGCCAGGGCCCUGCAGGGUGGGGCACGGCCUUCUCCUUUCCACGGGGCUCCAGGUACUUUGUGUAAGUCUGGUCUCAGAUCACUCUCACCACUCUCAAACUGCCCCACAUGCUCGUUGGGCCUUGGCUGGGGUCUCACCUGCCCAGCUGGCCCUUGGCCCCCACCCUCUACCCUUGCUGGCAGGGGCAGGGACCCCAGGGGAUCAACUCUGUGGUUUGGGAUCCAUACAAAAGUUGGGGGUCUGAUUUCCAGCUAGCCAAGGUCUUCGACCCUGCACACAGUUGAUGAGCCCCAUAACAGAAUAACCCAGUUGUCCUGGGAGAGGCCAGUGGCGCAUGCCAUCCUGUUGUUCAACACUGUAGGCUGAACUGCAGUUGCUGGCCACACUGUAGGCCAGUGGCGGCAGGCUGAGCCCAUGUGCACAGACGUCCCUCUCGGUGGGUGGAGAGCCUCCUCUAACACUUCUGUCCUCGGCUGGCCUAGCGGGCAUGAGGACACUGUCUCGGCGUUUCAGUGAGAGAGUCCCUGGUGUUUCCAUGCUGCAGGCUCAGGACAACAGAACCCCAUCAGCAGCCCUCCCAUUGUAAGAAGACCCCAGGGACCCUGUCACUGGAGAGAUGGCCAGAGUUGCUGAUCCCCUUCCACCUUAACCUAGAUCACGCUGGGGAGAGGGAGGAAGAGUGGGCGCAGGCAGAAUGCCAGCCCCUUAGCAGUGGGAGCUGUAGGGACAGUGGUGCCAGAAAGCCUGCAGGUUUGGGUGGGGUACGCUGCCUAGAGGCCUGGUUCUGUGGGACUGACCCCUUCACUGGCCACAGGGAGACAGAGCCUCCUACGACAGCUGGCUCCCUAGGGAACCGGAGCCUCCUAUCCCUAACAGGCAGUGGUAACCCUAAGACACACACCCUGGAGCCACAGCACAAUUCCCGCUUCGCCUUCCCAAGGAGCUGCUCUCCCAAGAAGGCUUCUCCCUGCCCCCCUCCAAGGCCUGCAGUCAGUCAAGACUGGC